AUGGCACCCACACCGGCUUCCGUGACUCUUGAGCCCCAAGGGACACCAACCAUGACCAACCCAGACCAGCACGCCUGGAAGCCCUUAACAUGGUCUCUCAUAGUCUUCUUUUUACUAGUAGCGCUUUUCUAUUUUGCGCUGGACAACACCAUCAUGGCCAAUGUACAGCCAGCCAUCAUCGGAAUACUAGGCUACUACAUGCCGUGGUACCUGGACGGUGGUAUCGCUCUCGCUUUGACUAUUGCCUAUACGAUCUUCCUGAAUAAGUAUACUGGCCGAAUUGCGGCUAUUCUUCCGCAGCAGCCCGGCGACACUAUCCAACAGGCUAUUUUUGGUGUGCGUGCGGAGUUCUUCAAUUCGUUGAGUGUUGAUGAUGUGUUUGUCUUUAUGAUUGCUGCUGCUGCUCUUUCGGUGGCGUUGGCGCUGGUUAUGAAGUGGGAAAGGUUGUUUGUGGGAUUUGGAUCUCCCCAUGGAGAUGAUGCAGAGGUGAAAGAGGUGAAAGAGGUGAAAGAGGGGGAGAUCGGGUUUCUGGGUCAGCCACAGCGUAGUGCUAAUGAUAUCUCUUGGGCCGCAUUCCUGGAUCCUAGCAGAUGGUAG